AUGGGUGGCGGUAACGAGAAUCCUUACACGAUCCAACCGCUACGCUCCAUCGCACCGCUUGGAGCGCAGCCGCUUGCGCAACUGCGCCGUGCUUCCUAUCGUUUUGAACCUAAUAUGGUUGUAAUGUGGUCCCUGUUAACUGUUGCGGCGUGGGAAGCAUGUUAUGGAACUGCUCUCAAGAUCUGCAACGGGACAGAAGCUGGCAAUCAUCAUAGUCUGCUCCUCAAAGGCAUUACUUUGAAUUUGAGCGGAAAAGCAGCUGAAGCUAUGCGACUGUUGGAAUCUCUGCGGGGAGGUGACUACGCUCUCGGAGCACUCCAUGCUUUGAAACAAUCCCAUAACAUGGCCGAAAACCCUGAUCGCCAAUCGCUCCAAGAACUCGAGUCUGCAAUUUCCGCGCUCGGCAACGUUCCAGUGAUGGGACAUUAUUCAGCGGCAGAGGUGUUGUUCUUCAUGAAGGAAUACAAUCAAGCCAAGCCAAUUCUGGACAGAAUCGUGAAAACUAACCCAGAAAAUGUUUUGAUCACCUGCCUCUCCGGAUGGACGGAGAUUUACCUUCGACGGGACCAGAAGUCAACGAUUGAGUUGUUUGAGCAAGCUAUAGCGGGCCGCUAUCUGGACGGAUACGUUGGAAAAAUGACUGUCCUGGCUGCCAGGCAACUUGCGAAUGACAUGAAGGCUCUUGGAAAAGAAGCGCUUACGGUUUCGUUUGGACAUAUUCCUUUCCAUAUUGAGUCUGCACGAGCUUGUCUACUAGCAAAAGAAUGGAAUAAUACUUUUCAAGCUUUGCAGAACUCAAACAUUGUUGAGUCCGACAACGUAUUAAUCCAGUUCUUACUGUCUGUUUAUUCGAUAUGUUCAGCUGGCACUAAAAUCGAGUCCUCACUCAGCGACUUACAGGCUGCACUUGAUUCAGCGGAAGGCGAUAAUCAUGUUCUGCUCGCUAAUAUGGCCAGUGCCCUUUACAGAAUGGCAGCUCGAAACAGGACAGUGCUUGCUUUUGCCAGAGAACUGCUUGCUCGAGCUAAUAAGAAAUAUCGCCGUCACAAAUACGUUGUCGAUGAGCUGAGAGUUGCGAUAUCGCUUGAUGAUGUCAGAGAAGUGACAGCCAAAGUUAAGGAACUCAUGUCAUUGGACAGUGAUGAUCCUUACGCUGUGCUUGGAGUAGCACUAUCUAAUCUCAUGACCGGACAAGUAGAUGAUGCUUCCACUCAACUAACCUUCAUGAAAGAAGCAAAUCCCAAUAUCUCUAACUUUACCAUAUACCAUUUUGUCAGCGCUGCAGUUGCAAAAUACAAAGACAACUCAUACGAGAAGUUCAUGCAAAUGGUGAAUGACUGUAUUGCAAUCCACUUUGACAAACUUCAGGCAAUGCCGUAUGGAGUAGAGUAUUUGCGCACCCUUGAUUCUGACUUUCUUAUGGGUAUCGUCUAUCAAAUCAUGGAUUAUGCGCCACUUGUCCCGAUGAAAUCUACGAACGACACGUUGAAGACGGCCGAACGCAUUCUUAAUACCGUCGUCGAACAAUCGCCAGGUAUCAGUCAAGCAUACUAUAUCCUUGCUCGAUGCCUAUUUCUGCAUUCCGAAUGGGACGCCGCUGAUCGAAUGAUUGACAGUUGUCUCCAGAAGAAUGAAACAAUAGCCGACGCUUAUCUGCUCAGAGCAGAGAUCAAACUGAUGAAAGGACAGGUUGCUGAAGCCGAUACUUGUCUCAACACCGGUCUCAGCUUCAACUUUUCUAUAAGAGAAAGCUCCAUUUUCCACUUAAUAAAGGCCAAAGUACAUAAGCAAAAGAAUGAAGUGGAGAAAGCAGCGGAUCUCUUGAAAGCUGGUCUUAAACUACCUCAGAAAGAACGUUCAACGAAUCUCCUUGCGAAAAAGGAGAGUGGGGAUAGUCAGCGUAUAUCCAUACAACUGGAACUCAUCGACUGCCUUCAAUCAAUGAAGCAAAUGCAAGAAGCUGAGACCAUUAUGGAUGAAGCAAUAAAGGAAUGGAAAGGUAAACCUGAAGAGGAGCAACUGUUUUUGAUGAAUGCUCAACUACACGUUGCGAAAGGUGAUGUCGACGGAGCUCUUGCGAUACUAAAUACGGUGGAACCUGGACAACCAAACUAUCACUCUGCUCGUGUAAAAAUGGCCGAAAUAUACUUAGAAGAGAAACAUGAUAGAGUAAUGUUCACCAUGUGUUACAGAGAACUGCUUCAAACAGCACCAACAUCAGCAACUUAUGCAUUGUUAGGAGAUGCCUACAUGAGUGUGCAAGAGCCAGAGAAAGCUAUCGAAUCAUACGAAACUGCAUUAAAAAUGUCAAACAAGGAUAUGGCAUUGACAGAAAAGAUUGGUGAAGCAUACGUGUUGUGUCAUCUUUACAGCAAGGCUGUGAACUUUUACGAGUCCGUUAUGAACUCGACGAAAGACAAACAUGAAGAACCAAAUCCGAUAGAUCCAGUUACAAUCUCUGCCCACGUACAAUUUCUGAAGUUACUUGCGGAAGUAGAAUUUGAGGGAGGAAAGCACACUGAGGCUUUGAAUGAUUUGAGCACAGCGAAAAAUCUGCAGAUGAAACUUGUAGCGAAAAAUGACUCUCCAGCCAAUCAAAAGGUCAAGAAAGAGAUGGCCGAGAUUCUAUGUAGUCAAGCAGAAAUCUACAGUAACGCACAUGAUCAUAAAAUGGUAAUUGAAAAAUACAAAGAGGCAUUGACGUACAAUGAAACAGAUAUAAAGACAAUUCUUGCGUUGGCCAACCGCUAUCUAACCACUAACAAGCUGGCGGAGUGCAAGCAAAUGUGCGAAAUAGCGUUGUCGAUCGACAGAGAUAAUGAUGAAGCCACUCUUAUGGUUGCCGACAUGCUGUACACUAACAAUGAUACGGAUAAAGCAAUCGUACACUUCGCACAAUUGCUCGAAAAAUAUCCCAAUCAUUACCAUGCGUUGGCCCGUUGCGUUGAGUUAGCGUGGCGUGCAGGUCAUGUUGAUCAAGCGGAAAAGUUCCUGAAGAAAGCAAUCGAGAACAAUCCUCGAGCUGCCAAGGAUGCUGGAUAUAACUAUUGCAAAGGUCUACAUGAAUGGUAUUCUGGAGAACCGAACGCAGCUUUGCAAGCAUUCAAUCGAGCCCGUCGGGACCUGGAAUGGGGUGAACGGGCGUUAUACAACAUGAUAGAAAUUGUACUUAAUCCGGAUAAUGAGGUCAUUGGAAGCGAGGCGUUGGAUCAGGAGAGAGGUGAUGACGCUGACAGAGAGAUGGCAGCAAAGACAGCGGAGCGUUUUCUUAAGGAAGUUACGUUCAAGAACAACAAUUCCAAGUACGUGCUGAUGGAAAACUCGAUUCUUGUUGCAAGUGGCGUGCGCGCGAACAUCCAGCGAGCGCUCGAUAGACUACUACCGAUAGUGGGGACCGAGGGGGACAAAGUUUCCAGUGUUGGUGCUGUAUUGAUUGUGGCCAGAGCGUAUAUAUUGAUGAAGCAGACACCUAAAGCAAAGGCACUACUCAAAAGAGUCGUUGGACAUCCUUGGACUCUGGAGGAUGCGGAUUAUCUGGAAAAGUGCUGGUUGUUGCUCGCAGAUCUAUAUAUCAAUCAGAACAAACCAGAUCAGGCGAACGCAAUUCUGCGAACAGUGCUACAGCACAAUGCGAGCUCAAUAAAAGCAUUUGAAUUUUUGGGGCAACUUCGUGAACGCGAACAAAAGUUCAGUGACGCGGCAGCAAACUACGAUGACGCCUGGAAGCUGAGUCGAAUGAGAAAUCCAGCAGUAGGAUACAAGCUCGCUUACAACUUGCUGAAAUGCAAACGACUCUUCGAUUGCAUCGAAGUUUGUCAUCAAGUCCUAAAGCAGUAUCCAACUUAUCCCAAGAUUAAGAAGGAGAUUAUGGAUAAAGCAAGAAUGAGUAUACGAACAUACAUAGCUGGAUCGGUCAUUUCGAAAGUUCUUCACCAAGCAUUGGUCAUGCAAUCUAACGGAAGUGACAUGCUAGCUUCCAUUCCUAUGCCAACUAGUGCUCCGCCUCCACCUUCUUCAGCAGCUAACGAAGCAUGGGAAAAAGCACAACAAGCUUUGAAAAAGAUAUCUCCAAUGAAACCUCCGAACAAUCAAGCACAGCCACCUGUACCUCAACCUCCAAAUGCUCAUACGCUCAUGAUGCAGUACUAUCCCUGGAUGGCUCAUUCUUAUGGUAUGCAGUAUCCUCCGCCUCCAGGCUAUUCCAUGGGGUAUCAGCAACAGAACUAUCCGCAAAUGCCGCCAACGAACAAUCAGCAACAGUGGAACAACAAUCAGAAAUCUUGGAACAACCAAAAACAGUGGAACAAACGACCGCCUCAACAGCAGAAGCAGCCGCAGACUCAAACUCCAAAGAAAUUCACGCCAUUCUCCCUAGCACCGAGAGUUGCAGCCGCCAAUCAGAAGACAGUGCUACAACCGGCGCAGUCCGUCGCAAAUAGUCUGGGGCCGGGCGGACUUGGUGUGAUGCCAGAGAAUGUUAGACGCUAUGUGGAACGAGCGUAUCUGGCAGCACAAAGCGCCGAGGAUCGUCAAAAGGUGCAGGAGUAUCUUGAGAAGCGGCUGCGACCGCUGUUGCAGGCGGGCACUACUCGAGCUGUCGACUGGGAUCGUGAGCCGCUACCACAUGAACGUAACUACGAACUACCUGCCGCUUGGACUCCGGCAGCAACACUGCGUGCUUCCCUACAAGCCAAUCUGAACAGAAACACAGCGCAUCAACAUUCUAAGCAUGAUCGUGAUCGGAAGCGGUCAGCAUCGCCAGACGGCUCUGACGGUGAUAAGGCGAAACGCGACCGACGUAGCAGUAGCAGUUCAAGUGACGUGGAGAUUGUCAAAGUCAAGUCAAUUGUUUCGAAAAAGAAGUCUAAAAAGGAACUAAAAAGGGAAGCAAAAGCUGCAAAAAAGGAGAAGUUAAAACAAAAUAAUGGGCAAAAAGUUCAGAAGAAGGAGCAACCACAAUGGCACAUUGAGGAGGAUUCGAGCAGAAUGGAGGAAAGAGCCCGAAGGUUUGCAGAUGAUGCACGUGUUGCAGUUGCGUCUGUUAUAGCGUCUGCUCGCCCAAUACGAAUGCGACUUGUUAAAGGAACUUGUCAAAGUGUUGAGAAAAGCUUUUUCAGGUUAACAUCGGCUCCAGAUCCAAGUCAAGUACGUCCUCCAGAGAUUCUUGAGAAGUCCUUAGAAAAUGUUAAGAACAAAUAUAGGGAAGGAGCUGCGUAUCAGUACUUGUCAGACCAGCUGCGAUCUAUAAGACAGGACCUCACUGUACAACGGGUAAGGAAUAGUUUCACGGUCCUAGUGUAUGAGAUCAACGCCAGGAUAGCUCUUGAAAAUAAGGACAGCCAGGAAUUCAAUAAGUGUCAGAGUCAGCUGAAACUCCUGUAUAGUGAGAUUCCGGAUUGCCCAAAUGAACCGGAAUUUGUCGCUUAUCGUCUUUUAUACUAUAUUGCUAUGUCGAACUCGUUAGACGUUUCAUCUUUGUUAAAAAGACUACCAGACUCGAUGCGGUCUGAGGAGUGUGUGUCAUUUGCGAUGAAAGUACGUCGUGCUGUAGCUUUAGAAAAUUAUCCUACUCUUUUCAGGUUGUUCAAGAAUGCACCGAAGAUGUGUCCGUUCCUCAUGGAUAUGUUCAUUGAGCGUGAACGUAAGGCAUUCCUCAUUCAAAUAUUUAAAUCGUUCCGUCCGACAAUUCCAGUUAAGAAGGUGAGUGAAUGGUUGGGAAUGUCUGAGCCAACUCUUGUUGAAUGGUUGAAUUUGCUGGAAAUCGAGUGUGAAGUUGGUGGUACGAUAGAUUGUCGCAUAUAUGCGGCUAAAACGUUUUAG